AUGGACACGCGAGGCCUCCGUCACUUGAAGAGCUACCUUGGCAAGGCAGGGGAGAGGCUGGCCAGGGCGAAGCGAGCUACUGAUGUCGUACCCGUCCUUGCCGCCCGGCAGGUAGGGACAGCGGCUGCUCGAGCGAAAUCUGUUGACUUUACGACCGUGCCAGAGACGGUCCUGGGGCCGCUCUCGCCUUCAGUCAUGGUGUACUUGGAAGGCCGCCUCACGAGCGGAGCGACGUACAAGCUCUCUCGGACCCAGAUGGCUGUGGUGGCUGCUCUCGCAGCACCGGGUUCUCUCCCUACGCGGGGCGGUGCGGAGGGCUCGAAGAGUGGCGAGACCACCUUGGCGGUUACGCGCGCGAAGGUGGCGGACAUGGCGGCGGUAGUGGAUACCCUUGCGGUGUCGGCGCUGGAACUCGCCGCACGCCGCACUGACGAGGGCAAGGCGGUGAAGCGAACCGCUGCAGAGGGCGCCUUUCUCUUUGUACUGGUCGACACAAGCAGCGAGGCGGCCGAAGUAGCAGAGCAGCUAGAGGAGCGCUACGGGCUAACAGUCCUCUUACUCAGUGGCGAGAACACCUGCCGCUACCCAAUGUUUCCGUCCAUCGCCAAUGCUGCCGGUGAAGCUGGCGCAAGUAAGCCAAGAAGCGCCGUCUCAGCGACGCUGGCGGUAAAGCGACGCAGGACGCAGUCAAACUCACGUAGGGCGGACGAGGUGGCACCGAAGGACGAGACUACCGUGAGUACUCCGGUGCUCACGGGUGCGGUGGUCGUAGUGGUGGCAACGUCUGCAGCGUUCCUCACGGUGGAUCGUCGCAGCGCUAUUUGGAAAUUCAUUGGCAGCUGCGCACUUCUGCUGCGUCGUGCACCGACGCACACGGGCUCUCUGCUGCACACGCUCAAGGGCAGCAAAGCGGCGUCUUCUUCCUCGACUGGGACCAUGGCAGAGCUGCUUAACACGCAUCGGUGGGACUGCCUCGGCCACGUUCCGGCAAUCGCUGUUCUGGCGGCAGAGCAGAAAUGGCUGGCUGAACCCGAGGUGGAUUUACUGACAAGACUGCGUGUAGAGCGCGAUCUCAGCAGCGGUGUAGGUGGUGCGAGUAUGUCCACAGCAUCCUCCAUCUCCAGCGCUGUUGCAGCGCUUCGAUCGCCAGUGACGGUUCACUACGCUGUGGCGCAAGGAGCGCAUCGCUUUCAGUUUCUCUUUGGCUUGCUGAAGGGCUUGGUGCCGCACCGCGGGAUCGUCGUGCACGUCGCCACGCGCGAGUGUGUUACCUUUCUCUACGACGCUCUCUACUCCUUGCUAGGUGAGCUGCCAUCGUAUGUGCAGCUGCUGAGCGACUACGGGGGUGCGGGUACGUACACCAACAUGCACACCAGGGCUGACCGCCAGCGGCUUUGCGUCACCUUCGACUCAACGGUCGAGUGGGGGAGAAAUGGCAAGACAGCGGCUGUGCUCUUGUCCUGCCACGGGCUUGUCCCGCGGCGCGGCUCUGUAUUCCUGCAGUACGACCUCAUUCCCGACGUCCUCAACUACAGCCAAUUCAUAGCGGAUGUACUUUCGCCUGGCGCAGUUGCGGCUGACGCAGGCAAGGACAAAGGGGGCACCACGCCGUUCACAGCAGCCGAGGUGGCGGUGCGGCGGGAGACGACGGCUCGGCAGCGCAAGCGCAGCACGUCUCCUAUUCCGGUCUCGCUGACGGCGAGGAAGGUGAGGACAGGAGCUACCAAUGCCGACACUGAAGAAACCUCCUUGGAAGGCAAGGCGACGGGCCCAGCAGAGGUGAACUACACCCAUAUUUUACUCUUGCUGCGUCCGAACGAAGUUGCCGGGGCGCUACACCACCUGCGCCAAGACGGGUCCAGACGCUACCGUCUUGAAUUUCGCGAGCUUGGCCCUCAGACUAGUGGUCGCUACCAUCUUGUCGGAGAAAAGCUCAAGUCGAUGAACAAGAAGUUGUUUGCCCUCCAGAACGCCGCCUACUAUGCCUACAAGACCACCAUGCGCGCCUACAGCACUAUUGGGCCGCGCGACGUGUACGACGAGACAAAGGUGAACUUAAAGAAGGUUGCGGAGGAGUUUGGCUUCACGGAGCUGCCGCUGCUCGACCUGCGCCUGAAGGACACGGCCUUUCGCCCCAAGGAGGACUACUACCGUGCUGCUCGACAGAAGCAAGACGCGGACCGUCGCGCCUACAAGGCGUUUGCCCAAGCGAACAUCAUUGGUGAGGCUCCGGAAGAGCACAUUGCUGACAAUAUCGUGUGA